CAGACGUCAAAAGAGGCCGUCUUUCCAAAUGUGAGAAGAGUGAAUCACGGGCGGGUUCUGGGAUGGUGUGCUUGGCAUGAGUUGUAGUAGCGGCUGUUGGUGUCGCCGCCGGUGUCGCAGACACAGACACAGAGACUGGCGCUGCGCCAGCUUUCCCACUUGCGGCAGCAUCCUUCCUUGCACUGCUUGCCUGUCCCUCUGCCUUCUUCGCACUCGCAGCAGCUGCGGCCGCUUGUUGCGCUUCAGCAACGGCGCCUUCUGGUAGAUUGGCUUGCUUUUCUGCUACUUUGGCGGCUCGCCGCUGAGCCUUGAGCUCCUUGGCUGCCUUCUUAUCGUCGAC